UGGCUAGUUCCCUGUCUUCACCGACUCCACCAGAAACCUACCGUCCGUCGAUUUAGAGAUGGAGAUCCGGAUUAACAUAAAACACCAACCGUCGAUUCAAUGAUCCUAAAACCCCAAAAGAAAAUCUAGGACUAUUAAAAUGUUUUCGGCUACAUUCUUUCGUCUAUAAAUAGAAACCCCAAUACUAGCAUCAAAACUCGUAGAGAGUUCCACAGAACAGCACAAAAAUCCUCCUCCCCUCCAUUUUAUCACAGAAGCUUUUAGGGUUUCACUCUCGCCAGCCCCCCUCAGUAUUAAAGAUGGAGACAUUUCUAUUCACCUCCGAAUCAGUGAACGAGGGACAUCCCGACAAGCUAUGUGAUCAGAUCUCGGAUGCAGUACUAGAUGCCUGCCUUGAACAGGACCCUGAUAGCAAGGUUGCUUGUGAAACCUGCACCAAAACAAACAUGGUUAUGGUUUUCGGAGAGAUUACAACUAAAGCCAAUGUUGAUUACGAGAAGAUUGUUCGUGAUACUUGCCGUGCUAUCGGUUUCGUAUCUGACGAUGUAGGUCUUGAUGCUGAUAACUGUAAGGUUUUGGUGAACAUUGAACAACAGAGUCCUGACAUUGCACAAGGUGUGCACGGGCAUUUGACUAAGAGGCCAGAGGAGAUUGGUGCUGGUGAUCAAGGUCAUAUGUUUGGAUAUGCUACAGAUGAGACUCCCGAGUUGAUGCCUUUGAGUCAUGUGCUGGCAACUAAGCUUGGUGCUAAACUGACUGAAGUGCGUAAGAAUGGUACCUGUGCCUGGUUGAGACCUGAUGGAAAGACCCAAGUCACUGUGGAGUACCACAAUGAAGCUGGUGCCAUGGUUCCUCUCCGAGUACACACUGUCCUUAUCUCAACUCAGCACGAUGAAACUGUGACCAAUGAUGAGAUUGCUGCUGAUCUUAAGGAGCAUGUGAUCAAGCCUGUUAUCCCAGAGAAGUACCUAGACGAGAAGACCAUCUUCCACCUUAACCCAUCAGGUCGUUUCGUCAUUGGUGGUCCUCAUGGUGAUGCUGGUCUUACUGGCAGGAAGAUCAUCAUUGAUACUUAUGGAGGUUGGGGAGCCCACGGAGGCGGUGCUUUCUCAGGAAAGGAUCCAACCAAGGUGGACAGGAGUGGAGCAUACAUCGUCAGGCAGGCAGCCAAGAGCAUUGUUGCCAACGGACUUGCUAGGAGGUGCAUUGUUCAGGUAUCAUAUGCCAUUGGUGUUCCAGAGCCAUUAUCAGUGUUUGUCGACACAUAUGGUACAGGUAAAAUUCCAGACAAGGUAAUUCUUCAGAUUGUGAAGGAAACCUUCGACUUCAGGCCAGGUAUGAUCUCCAUCCACCUUGACCUCAAGAGAGGUGGAAACAGCAGGUUCUUGAAGACAGCUGCUUACGGUCACUUCGGAAGGGAUGACCCUGACUUCACAUGGGAGGUUGUCAAGCCACUCAAGUGGGACAAACCCCAAGCUUAGGAAGAAACAUAAUGUGAUUGAUGAGUGCAUAAUCUCUUUACUUCUUUGUCGUUGGCUACCCUGAUAAUAAUCUCUUCCCCGCUGCCUGGUUCUAGUGGAAAAAAUGAAGAACUGCCCAAAUGUUGUACUUUUACCUACUUAUGAUUAGUUAUGUUUCUGUUUUGUUUUGUGAUUUUCUGUUUCCUUUCUAUGGUGGAAAAAGAGCAAGAUAAAUGGGAUUUGAACUUUUGUCAAGUAAGGGGGUAGGAAAGAAGUAUUUGUUCUUCUAUUAUCCCUGAGUAUGUAUUCUGUUCUGUUGCAAAGAAAUCUCUACAGUAGAGGGCAGUUAUUGUUAUG